AUGCGAAAGCAGACCGUCGCCUCCCUCUUUCUCCUUCAUAGUAGGCGCAAGUAUACUGACUCAGACAGGAAAUCUCCAUCGAAACUAAAGUCGUUAUCAUUAUCGUCUUCGAAGCAUUCCAGCUCCUCACAACGGUUGUUUUACAGCGUCUGGAAAGAAGAGAUGUUUAUACUCGAGUAUCAGGUGUGCUCAUCAUGUCGUGCCGUGAUUGCCGUGGAGAACAAUUUAAGUCUGCUCUUGCUAGCUUUCGAUUAUGAGCGCAUCGAAUAG